AUGGAUAGACUCAAAUCUUUAUGGUGGCAAGAAGAAGUAGACGAAAAAUACGAGAUCCUCAAACGAUUCAACUAUUCCCGAUUUUUUCUAGUUCUAAUUUUUUGGGCAGUGAUUUGAAUUUUGCAGUCAACAACUCAAAUUAGAUGGCUCAGACUUGAAUGAAUUCAUUUUAUUUAUGCCAUAGCUCAAUUAGCAGCAUGCUUUUUAAUAAAAGUUUUAGAUAAAAGAGGAGAGCAUUGCAAGUCAGUUUUUGCAAUAUUACUUGCAGAAUGUAAUUGCUUAGGGUGGUGGGCUUUAGGAACUUAUAAAUACAAAUCUUCGAGGAUUUUGUUUUCUAAUUUAUCACUUGUUUGCAUUAAAGUCUGCGAAUGGCCUUUCAUUCAAACAUCGUGGCUUAGAAUUUUUAUUAUUUGCAAGCAUUUAGUGAUGUGGUAUUAUAUGAGCUACUUCAAUGGGGAAUUAGAUUUUUCUGCUGAUACAGUUCCUCAUCUAAUAGGAUUUUUGACUAUUUUCCUUUGCAAUAUCUAUUGCCAGCAAGGUAAAAAAAAUUCACUAGAAAGAUUUCUCUCAAGGAAAAAUCUUGAAAAUGCCGAAAAGCGACUGAGUGUCCUUUUUAACCUUUUCCCUGAUGGUUUACUGAUAUUAUCAAAUCUAAAAUCAAUUUUAUAUUCCAAUGUGAUCUUGACAAGGCUUUUGUCUUGUGAUAUCGACGAAAUUGUCCAAAAAAUAUCUGAAAUUGAGUAUUGCCAGAAUAAAAAAUACUCGAAUUUGUCAAAGUCUAAUAGACUGAUUGAUGAUAUUGAUUUAAUUCAUAAAUUGCAGUUAAACCAGCAGGUUGUUCUUGGCCUAAGCCAAUCAGGCGAUUUAAAUUUAGAAUGGAGAGCUCAAAAAGUGCUUUGGGAUGAAGGGCAAGAAGCGAUUCUGCUAACUGUAAAAGACGCAAAUCACAUUAUCCAGCUAGAGCAAACCCUUGGUGAUAACAGAUUGAAAAACGUGCUUUUAAGGUCAGUGUCUCAUGAAUUGAGAACCCCAAUUAAUGCGAUCACAUCUUUGUCAGACUCUCUUAUCAGUGAAAAAGAAAUAUUAUGCAACGAAAAAAUUUCUUCGAAAUUAAAUGUCAUCUCAGUUUCCUCAAAACUUUUACUUUCACUAGUAAACGACUUAUUAGAUUACUCAAGAAUUCUAGCUGGAGCCUUUUCUAUACAAAAAUCAAAAUUUUGCUUGAGAAGCGCGGUUAAUGAUGCAGUACAGCUGAUAAAGCUUCAGGCUGACAAGAAGAACUUGAAAAUAAUUGUGAGAAUCGACCCCCAAAUUCCUGAUUAUAUUUAUUCAGACCGCUUAAGAUUUAGCCAAAUCCUGCUAAACCUCUUAUCAAAUGCACUUAAAUUUACAUUGUCAGGCUAUAUAGAUAUUUGCUGUUUACUCAGCUCUGAAGGAAAGCUGCAUUUGACAAUAAAAGAUACAGGGAUUGGCAUUGAGAGCUCUAAACUUUUCAAUAUUUUUAAAGAAUUCAAUACUGUUAAUAACCCAAUUUUAAAUCCUUCAGGAUGCGGGCUGGGUUUGUUUAUAUCAAACAUAAUUGCAAAAGAGCUAGGAAAUGAGAAAUUUGAAGCCCAAUCAGACCUCGGUAAAGGGUCGUGCUUUGGCUUUUCGAUUGAUAUUUAUGAAAGCAAAACAUUAGUAGAAAGUCGUGAAUAUGAAGAAUUUGAGAUUUCGUCAGAGGAUAUCUUGCCAGUACAAAUCAAAAACUUUAGUGAAAUCAUAAAAAAGCAAUACCCUCAAGUCUUGAUUGUAGAUGAUAACGAAUUCAACAGAAUUGCACUUGGAGCUCUAUUGAGUCAUUAUGAAGUUUUGUUUGAAGAGUCUUGUACUGGAAUGCAAGCUGUAAAGAAGGUAAAAGAAGUUAGUCAAAAAAAGAAGCCAUUCAAACUAGUGAUAAUGGAUGGAAGUAUGCCAGAGCUCAACGGAUGGGACGCUACAAAAAUAAUUCAUCAGCUUUACUACGAAGGCCAAAUUGAGAGCUUGCCUAGUAUUAUUGGAUACACAGCAUUUGGCUCAGACGCUGAUGUAUCUUUGUGUAUAAAUUCUGGAAUGAAGGAAUGCCUUAUAAAACCUUGCAGUCCAGAAAUAUUAAUGGAAAAAAUAUCAAAAUAUUUAUAUAUGUAA